UUCUAAAAAUCAGUUUGAAAAACUUACUUGAUCAGAGAAGACAAAGCGACAAUGAAACGCUUACAAUGGCUUUUAGGCCUCGUUAUAGUGGCUUUUAUCUGUAUGAUGGGCGUGCAAGCCGAUAGUGAUAGUGGCAGUGAUAGUGGUAGUAAUGAAAGCGGUAGUAAAGAACAUCAUAAGAAACAUAAAUAUCCACCACCACCACCACCGCCUGCCGCCUAUCCUCAUCCAUAUGGUCAUCCUAAUUAUUAUAAUCAUCCAAUUUAUAUGCCACAAGCACCACCAACACCCUAUGGCGGAUAUUAUCCUCCACCUCCUCCCUAUUAUUAUGGCUAUCCACCUCAACAACCUCCACCACCACCUCCAGCAAACUAUGGUCCUUAUGGCGGCUAUUACAAUCAACCUCCUCUAUCCGUACAACAACCUGGACCACCAGGCCCACAAUUUCAAGGACCACCAACACAAGAACCUCAAGGAUUUCCCGGCAUACCUGGUGGGACCAGCACAAUUAAUCAUUCGUUAAAAGUAAAUAAGGAAUAUAAGGAAGAUGGUCAUCAUUAUAAGCCUGAUGGUACACUAAGCAAUUAAACUACAUAUAUAUGUUCGUAUGUAUUUGUAUAACUAAUACAUGUAAAUAAUAAAUAGGUAUUAAAAACAAAA